GGUUGUUCUACCGGUAACCAUUGGAAGCACAUACGUUGGGAAUGGUUUGAUAGAUUUGGGCUCUAGUAUAAAUUUAAUUCCCCUUUCCAUUGUCAAACGAUUGGGAAAUGUGGAGAUUAAAUCAACAAGAAUGACCUUACAACUAGCAGACAAGUCUACAACCUCACCAUACGGAAUUGCCCAAGACAUGCUCGUAAAAGUGGACAAAUUUCUAUUUCCUGUGGAUUUUGUAAUAGUAGAGAUGGAUGAGGACCGCGAUGUACCCCUAAUCCUUGGAAGACCUUUUAUGAAGACCGCUCGAAUGAUGAUCGACAUAGAUGAUGGGCUUAUGAAGGUUAGAGUGCAAGAUGAAGAGGUGACUUUUAACCUUUUCGAAGCAAUGAAACAUCCAACUGACAAGCAUGAUUCUUUUCGAAUUGAUGCAAGUGAAGAGGAAGUAGUGGAGGUCGUGAAUCAAAUCCAUAUUUCUAACCCUUUGGAAAGAUCCCUUAUUGGAGCAUACAAUGUGUUAACUGACAAUGAGGAACGAGAGAUCGAAGCGAUGUUGCGUGAGUUAGAAUCUUGUGGUGAACUGGCCUAUCAAGAAGAAUUAGUGGAAGAUUUGAAUGCAAAGAAGGAAACUGAAGAGCAAAAGUUAGAAUUGAAGAUGCUUCCGUCGCAUUUGAAGUAUGUGUUUCUUGGAGAUGAGUGUACCAAACCGGUGAUUAUAAGCAACACAUUGUCCACGCAGGAGGAAGAUAAGUUGAUUCGAGUUUUGAAAAAGAACCAAGGUGCGAUAGGGUGGGUUUUAUCCGAUUUGAAGGGUAUUAGUCCAGCAUAUUGCAUGCACAAGAUAAUGAUGGAGGAAAACUUCAAACCGGUUGCACAACCUCAGAGGCGUUUGAAUCCAUCAAUGAAAGAGGUGGUUCGGAAAGAAGUUGUUAAACUUUUAGAAGCAGGAAUGAUUUAUCCCAUAUCUGAUAGUGCAUGGGUGAGUCCGGUACAAGUGGUCCCCAAGAAAGGUGGAAUGACGGUGAUUAAAAACGAUAAAAACGAGUUGAUUCCGACGAGAACAGUGACAGGGUGGAGGAUGUGCAUCGAUUAUAGAAGGUUGAACCAAGCCACAAGAAAAGAUCAUUUCCCACUACCUUUCAUGGAUCAAAUGUUGGAGCGGCUCGCCGGCAAAAACUUCUACUGUUUCUUGGACGGAUAUUCGGGGUAUAAUCAAAUUUCAGUAAAUCCGGCAGACCAUGAGAAAACAGCUUUUACAUGUCCCUUCGGCAUUUUUGCUUACCGAAGAAUGCCUUUUGGAUUAUGUAACGCACCGGCCACGUUUCAACGGUGUAUGCAAGCUAUCUUUUCAGACCUGAUAGAAGAAUGCAUCGAGGUGUUCAUGGACGAUUUUUCUGUUUAUGGAUCAUCUUUUGAAGUGUGCUUGAAGCAUCUUGAUGUAGUUCUAGAGAGAUGCGUGGAGACCAACCUAGUGCUCAACUGGGAAAAAUGCAAUUUUAUGGUAACUGAGGGUAUAGUGCUUGGUCACAAAAUUUCUUCUGAAGGGCUAGAGGUGGACAAGGCCAAGGUGGAAAUUAUUGAAAAGCUGCCACCUCCAACCAACAUCAAAGGAAUAAGAAGCUUUCUAGGACAUGCCGGUUUCUACCGGAGAUUCAUACAAGACUUCUCAAAGAUCGCAAAGCCACUGAGUAAUUUACUCAACAAAGAGAUUCUAAAGAUGUCUAAGAGAACUAAGACCACAGCACCUCCUCAGGCCCGUGCUACCCGAAGGUUCAUCAGUGAGGAGCACGAAGCACGCUUUGAGAGUCUUGUCAAGAGGACUAUUCUACCGGAAAGGUUUAUCCGCCUGGCUCCAACUGGAGUGUAUCACAGAGUGGUUGAGGUUUUCGAGCAAAGAAAAUGGAUGAAGUUGUGUGAGCCGGAAGCCGCAAUCAACUACGACCUUGUCCGAGAAUUCUACGCGAAUGCGAUGCAUCGUGAGGAAGGUACGACCUUCAUUCACCAGUCCAGGGUAAGGGGAAAGAUUGUGUCAUUUGGAAGGAAUGACAUUAAUUCUUAUCUAGGUCACCCCUUAACUCUUGGAGAGGGGGAGAGUUGUGAGUACAAUACCAUGGUGGCAGCUGACAGGUGGAACCUAGAAGCAGUCAAUGCCACCCUUUGUCUCAGAGGAAAAUCGUUUGAAGUGAAUGACCAAGGGCACCCGAAAUUGUGGAAGAGGGAAAAUUUCAAUUUGGAAGCUAGAGCUUUUUUGGUGCUACUGUUAACCAAUAUCAGACCAAGAAGCCACACCACCACAAUUCCUAUGGAUGUCGGGUGUCUCUUGUACUGCAUCAUGAUCGGGAAGACGGUGGAUGUUGCAGCCCUCAUUUCAUGCGAGAUGAGAAAGAUUGUGUUAAGUGGAACAAAUUUCGGGGGCAAAGCUGGGGUGCUAGCUUAUCCAGGACUCAUCAUGGGAUUGUGCCGUAGGGCCAAUGUUCACAUUCCUGAGGAAGUGCACUACUCGAUCACCAGUGUGAUCAGUGACGCUUAUUUGAACAGGUUUCUGCAGAACCCGAAUGAGAAGACUGAUGCAUCUGGUACUUCUUCCUCUCGGUCCCGAGCCAGGUCCCGUUCUCAACCUCAACCUCAGAGUACCCCAGGUUCUGAUCAGAUGGUUUUUGCCAACUACUGCUGUGAGAACUUUGAGGCCUCCAGGAGCUCUAGUUAA